UUCUGCAAGGUGUGUCGACGGCGAUCAAACUUUACCAGCCUGGUGCGCGUGAGAACCAGUUGAGUAGACCUCCGCCGUUCUGCCAGUGUUAUCAUGUUGAUGAGAAUCAAUUCUUCACUGAUCUCGUCAUUUACUCUCUCUGCCAGAUUCUCAAGCGGAGGAACGCUCGAAUCAUAUCGUCAGUGAGAAUAGCGGCCGGUUUCAAAGCCAGGCUAGAGUAGGCCUCAUCGCACCAUUGCAAGUGACGCAGUGCGGACCAUCUGACCUCAUAUGUGACGCUGAACCACAUCAAAAAUGUGCGUUGGCUUCUACACACUCGAGCACCCGGAAUAUGCCCUCGUACUUUGUAGCAACCGUGACGAAUACCUUCAGCGACCCACGGAUCUGGCCUGCUUUCAUUCUUUCGAGAAGCUAGAGGGGCAUAGCCUUUCAGAGGGAAAUGUUCUCUCUGGCGUUGACGUUCGUGCCGGUGGAACCUGGUUAGGUGUCAGUCGGACCGGAAAGGUGGCCUUUUUAACAAACAUAACAGAAGAGUAUAGGACGUAUGGUUCUUCCAGGGGUGACCUCGUUGCCUCUUUUCUUUCAUCUACUUCCUUGGAAGAGGACGUACACAGUCUUAUCCCUUCCGAUGCCAAAUAUGCAGGCUUUAAUUUAUUGCUCCUGGCACCAUCCGCUCGUGGCGAACACGACUUGUCAUUCGAUGGAACGUAUGUCACAAACCAUGGUGGAGGAGGGACGAUCGUCGUUCGGCCAUUGAGUGACGCCGAGAGAAGAUGCGGGGGGAUGUCCAACGGGAUUGAUGGCAAAGGCGCUGAAACAUGGCCAAAAAUCCAACACGGCCUUCAUUCAUUUAAAGCGAUCAUGAACGCGGUCUUGCCGAGUACACCGGAGAAGGAACUAGCCGAUAAUCUCUUUGAGCUCUUGACUUGGAAGUCUUCGCAGAUGCCAAGAGCACGCUCAGAGCUGAGGAACACGAUCCAAGUAGGACCAAUUCAACUGCAAGAGGCACAAGAAUUCUAUGGAACGCGCCUUUCGACGGUGAUACUAGUGAAAAGGAACGGGGAAGUAUUGUUCAUAGAGAGAGAUAUUUGGAAGUUUGUUGAUUCGAAGCCCGUACUGUCAGAUCCCUCAUCACAGCGUCAAUUCCGUUUCAAAUUGCAGCAGUUGGAUUAGUGAGUCUAUGUAGUUCGCCGCCCUUCGUAUGGAUGAUGGUACAGGGCAUGUAAUGUACAAAUGCUGUAGUUUUGCUACUCUAAGGCACAAGAG